UUCUUCUCUUUAUCGUCUUCUCACCACAAGCUUAAAUCGCACAACAGGAGCAAAACCCUCUUAUUUCAUUUUUCUCUUUCUUUUUCUUUUUUCUUUUGGAAAAAAAUUCCUCCGGCGAUGAGCCGCCUGGAAUUACAAGAUAUUUAGCCGGUAAAAAUGGAGAGUCCGGCAAAUGAUUGUGCUUUAAAAAGCGAAAGCGAAAGCGAAAGCUUGAAGUUAUCGAGGCGUCGCGUAUUUCGGGAACUUUAAAAAACAGUGUAUUGUAGAAAACCCUAAGCAAAAGCUACUUUUACUUAGCAGAGAUUAGAAGUUAUUCCAUGCUUUGUCUCGCAAAUCAGAGGCAAAAUACUAUAUAAUAUUAUAUUAGAGAGUACCUGUUUUGUUUCAGUUUUUUCUUUUUAAAGAAAAGAGGCUCUCGAAUUUUGUUUAGGAAGAAACAAACGCAUUUAUCUUUCUUUGGGAGCCAAAUUCUGAAUUUCGGUUUCGCUGAUCUCAAUAAUUUUGUAAUUUUGGUGUUUGCUAUCUCAUCAUCAAUAAGUCUGGUACCAGCCGUUUCUGGUUGUUUUAAUUGAACGUGUUAGGGUUUUUAUGUGUCAACUAACCUUUUAAAAAUGGAGGGGAAAUUAAUGAAACUGUGUUGAGGCGUUUCUCUCGUGUUUGUUGCUUGAUCACGCUGAUCAUGCCUUUUCAAAUGAAGAUCCAGCCAAUUGAUUCACUCACACCUGAAGAGCCACCUACUCGGUUUGAGCCAGUAAAGCAGGUGGUAAAAUCGCGUCUCAGACGUCUUUUUGACCUCCAGUUCCUGAGAAAUUCCGCCGCUGAAAAGGCCGUUGUCGAUGAGCCGCAUUUUAAUAAAGAUAGCGUUAAUGAGUUUGAACCGAGCUCUGUUUGUUUGGCAAAAAUGGUGCAAAACUUCAUCGAGGAAAGCAACGAGAAGCAAUCAUCUGGUGCAGUUAGGUGUAGCCGGAAUCGCUGCAAUUGCUUUAAUGGAAACUGUAAUGAUAGCUCUGAAGACGAAUUUGAUUCCUUUGGUGAUUCUGCUAAUGUUUUUUCUUCGAGCGAAGCAACUGAAAUGCUAAAGAGUUUGGUUCCUUGUGCAAGUAUGAGUGAGAGGAAUUUACUAGCGGACACUGCAAGAAUCGUUGAUAAGAACAAGAUCUGCAAGCGUAAGGACGGAUUUUGCAGAAAGAUUGUCACUGAUGGACUAGUGAGUCUUGGAUACAACGCUUCUAUCUGCAAAUCCCGUUGGGAAAAAUCCGCCUCACAUCCCGCCGGUGAAUAUGAAUAUAUAGACGUGAUAAUUUCACGCGAGAGACUGCUAAUCGACAUUGAUUUCAGAUCAGAAUUUGAAAUUGCUAGAUCAACGAAGGCCUACAAGUCUCUACUUCAAACUUUACCCUAUAUUUUUGUAGGCAAAGCGGAUCGCCUCCAGAAGAUAAUCUCUCUAGUAUCGGAUGCAGCGAAACAGAGCCUGAAGAAGAAAGGCAUGCACAUCCCACCUUGGAGAAAAGCCGAGUAUGUCAAAGCUAAAUGGCUCUCUCCUCAUAUACGUGCCACACCUGAAAAGGAGCAAUUUUUGAACGAGUUCGAACCGAGUCAAGAGGACAACUCUUUGGAGGAUAGUCUGUUUGCUUUGUCAUCUGAAGGUUCUGUAGAAGAAGAGAAUUCGAGCGUGGUGAAAGAAUGGAAGCCUCCUGAGACUAAACUUAAGAGUUUUCAGAUCGGGGCUAAGAUGGUCACUGGUUUAGCUUCGGUUAUUGAAGAUGAACCAUGAAAUUUUGGUUUUUUGCUUUUAUUUCUUUCCUCUCUUCUUACUUGUUCUCCUCUUUUUUUAAUUUUGGAGAUAAGAUAUCGUAUAAUAUGAUAUAACCCCAUAAGCAUCCCCUUCUGCUUUUUUGUGUAAGGGUCUGAUUUCACUGAUAUCAAUAAAACUUUUACUGUAAGAAUAGUCAUACAGCUAAA